AUGGACCGUGGAGCCAUCCCGCUGCUGCUGCUCAGCUUCCUUUGCCUCCUGCCUGCCGCCCAGCUCCAGACCAAGAUACCGCUGGAGACGGUUAAGUCUUGGGCAGAUGUCUUUGGUGGUGAGCUGUACUCAAUUGUGACCAAGUAUUCAGGCUCUCUCCUAUUGCAAAAGAAAUACAAAGACGUGGAGCCAACCCUGAAGAUCAAAGAGGUGGAUGGCCUGGAGCUUGUAAAGAAGUUCUCAGAGCAGAUGGAAAGCAUGCUCCGCAGGAAGGUGGAAGCUGUUGAGAGGUUGGUGGAAGCAGCAGAGGAUGCAGAUCUGAACCACGAGUACAACUCCUCACUGGAGUUUGAUUACUACAACUCCCUCCUGAUUAAUGAGAAGGAUGAAAAUGACAAUUAUGUGGAGCUUGGAGAUGAAUUCAUUCUGGAGCCAAAUGAGCAUUUCAAUAACCUGCUGGUAAACACAACAUACAGUGAUAUCCAGCUCCCUACGAAUGUCUACAACAAAGAUCCUGACAUCUUGAAUGGUGUUUACAUGUCAGAAGCCUUGAACCCUGUCUUUGUGGAUAACUUUGAAAGGGAUCCUACGCUGACCUGGCAGUACUUUGGCAGUUCUACAGGGUUCUUCAGGCUCUACCCAGGAAUAAAGUGGCUACCAGAUGAGAAUGGGGUCAUCUCCUUUGACUGCAGGAAUCGUGGCUGGUACAUCCAAGCAGCCACCUCUCCCAAGGACAUUGUCAUCAUUGUGGAUGUCAGUGGAAGCAUGAAGGGCCUGCGGAUGACCAUUGCCAAACACACCAUUGUCACCAUUCUAGAUACCCUUGGGGAAAAUGACUUUGUCAAUAUCAUUGCAUACAAUGAUUAUGUUCAUUUUAUUGAACCCUGUUUUAAGGGUAUCCUGGUCCAAGCAGACAGAGACAACAGAGAGCAUUUCAAGCAGCUGGUGGACGAACUGCAGGCAAAAGGAGUGGGAACGGUGAACAAGGCCUUGACAGAGUCCUUCAAAAUCCUGAGGGAGUUCAGAGACGCUGGCCAAGGAGGCUUGUGUAACCAAGCCAUCAUGUUGAUCACAGACGGAGCAGUGGAGGAUUAUGAAGCUGUGUUUGAAAAGUACAACUGGCCAGAUCGAAAGGUCCGGGUUUUCACUUACCUCAUUGGACGGGAGGUCACUUUUGCCCCCAAUGUGAAAUGGAUCGCCUGCAACAACAAAGGCUACUAUACCCAGAUCUCCACGCUGGCGGACGUCCAGGAGAAUGUGAUGGAGUACCUGCAUGUUCUCAGCCGUCCUAUGGUCAUCAACCAUGACCACGACAUUAUAUGGACUGAAGCCUACAUGGACAGUGCGCUCUUUGCAUCUCAGGCUCAAAGUCUGUUGCUCAUGACAACAGUGGCUAUGCCAGUCUUCAGCAAGAAGAACGAGACGCGAUCUCACGGCAUUCUCCUGGGUGUGGUGGGCUCUGAUGUGCCACUGAGGGAGUUGUUAAAACUUGCUCCACGUUAUAAGCUGGGUGUCCACGGAUAUGCCUUUCUGAACACCAACAAUGGCUACAUCCUCUCACACCCAGACCUCCGUCCUUUGUAUAAAGAAGGAAAGAAACUGAAGCCUAAGCCGAACUACAACAGUGUGGAUCUCUCAGAGGUGGAAUGGGAAGACCAGGAUGAAAUACUGAGAACUGCCAUGAUCAAUGGGGAAACAGGCUACCUCUCCAUGGAUGUGAAGGUCCCUGUGGAUAAAGGGAAACGAGUUCUCUUCCUCACAAAUGACUAUUUCUUCACGGACAUCAGUGGCACACCCUUCAGCCUGGGGGUUGUGCUAUCCAGGGGACACGGGGAGUACAUUCUGCUGGGAAACACUUCAGUGGAAGAAGGUUUGCACGACCUGCUCCAGCCAGAUGUGUCUUUAGCAAACGAAUGGAUUUACUGCAUCACAGACAUCGAUCCAGACCAUCGGAAGCUCAGCCAGCUGGAGGCUGUAAUCCGGUUCCUCACAGGAGAGGAACCUGACCUGGAAUGCGAUGAGGAGUUGGUCCAGGAAGUGCUGUUUGAUGCAGUGGUCACUGCACCCAUGGAAGCCUACUGGACAACACUAGCCCUCAAUAUGUCCACGGAUUCUGAGGCAGGAAUUGAGAUGGCAUUUCUGGGCACUCGGGCUGGACUCAUGAGAAGUGCCCUGUAUGUGGGCUCUGAGAAGCUUUCUAACAGGAAAUUCCUGACUCGGAAGGACAAAGAGAGUAUCUUCACCAUGGACCACUUCCCUCUGUGGUACCGCCGGGCAGCCGAGCAUCCCCCCGGGAGCUUCAUCUACAGCAUCGUUUCAGAAGAUGACUCAGAGGGCGGCGGCCUACCAAAAGUGGUGACAGUUAGCACGGCAGUGGCUGUAUCUGUUGAUGGGAAGAUGGGUAUUGCUGCAGCGGUGGGCGUGCAAAUCAAGCUGGAGUUACUCCAACGCAAGUUCUGGAUGGCCAUGCAGCAGUGCAGUGCCUUCGAUGGUGCCUGUCCGCUCAGCUGUCAGGACGAUGUUCUGAAUUGCUUCCUCAUUGAUAAUAAUGGCUUUAUCCUUGUUUCCAAAAGACCUCCAGAGAUUGGAAAAUUCCUUGGUGCAGUGGAUGGCUCAGUAAUGACCCAGCUACUGAACAUGGGCAUGUUCAGACGGGUGACAAUGUAUGACUACCAAGCAAUGUGCAAGGUGCCCUACCACCACCACAGUGGUGCCCGGCCGCUGCUCAGUCCAAUUUAUGCCUUUCUAGCUGCACUGAAAUGGCUGAUAAGUGAUUUCCUCAUCUUCCUGUUGGAGUUUAACAUGAGUAGCUUCUGGCACUCUGACAAUGUGGCAGACGCCAAGGCUGUCUUCCAUCACUCCCACAGGCACAAGAAGCACGACACACUGCAGCCCUGCGACACAGAGUACCCCGUGUUCGUGUACGAGCCGACCAUCAAGGAAACCAACGGGCUGAUCGAGUGCGGGGACUGCCAAAAAAUGUUUGUGGCCCAGCAGAUUGCCAGCAGCAACCUGCUGCUUCUUGUGACAGAUGCCACCUGCGACUGCAGCAUCUUCCCACCUGUCCUGCUGGAUGCGAAAGAAGUCAAAUACAACGCAUCGGUGAAGUGUGACCGCAUGCGCUCCCAGAAGCUGAGGCGGCGACCAGACACGUGCCACGCGUUUCACCCCGAGGAGAACGCCCAGGACUGUGGUGGUGCUUCUGAGCUCUCAGUCUCCCCCAUGCUGCUCCUCCUGCCCCCAGCACUGCUCGUGCGGUGA